CAACACAUUGUUUUCUUCACACACGUCUGAAAUUUAAGAACGGGUUGGUGUUGCAGUUACAUUCUGCAGUGUGAAGAGACUGAUCUGCACGUAAAUAAUCCAGGACACCAGACUGUAUUUCUGACUUCCUGAGUGUAGCGUGUUAGCAAACUUUUGAUCAUGGCACUGGAUGGAUGUGGCCAGCUGUGCAAGUGUAUCCUCAUCCUUUUCAACAUCCUUUUUGCCCUGGUGGGUUUUGCAAUGUUGGGGUUGGGCUUGUGGCUGAGGUUCAGCUCUGAGACCAGAGGAUUUUUCAACGUAGACCUCAACACACAACAGUUUGUCAUCGGUGUGUCAGUGUUGAUUGCUUUAGGAGCAGUGAUAUUGCUCGUGGCUGUUUUCGGAGACUAUGGAGCAUGCAAUGAGAAUAGGACUGCAUUGGGAGUGUUUUCCUGCCUGCUGGCUAUCCUGGCUGUAUUAGAGAUUGGAGCCGGUGUGUUCGCCUACAUGAGAAGCGAUGAGGUGGGAGAGCAGCUGGCAAAAUUCUAUAUAACUGUGUACGCUCAGUAUGUGAACAAAGGAGACCCUGGCUUGGCUGUUACCCUGUCCAUGUUCCACAAUGCGUUGCACUGCUGUGGGAUCAUUGGUGCCUUGGACCUCUUGGUCAAAAAAACAUGUCCGGAUACCGGCUUUUUGGAGACCUUCACUCUCCCUGCCUGCCCCACAGUGAUCGUCAACCUCUUUGAGUCCAAAGCGCCUCUGGUGAUGGGCCUCUUCCUUGGGACUGCUGCUAUGCUGAUCAUGGGCCUAGUGUGCUGCAGCAUCCUCAUGAAACAGAUCAAGAUGAGUCACCUCUCUGCCCCCUGUACCACAGCCAGGCCGUGUACUGAGGGGACAGGACCACCACCAUAUUCAAACACAGUUUUCUCCAGUUGGAGACCAAACCAGAUAGUUGUCAUUCAGUGAUCAUCACCCCAUCCUUUCACGUGAUACUUCUGGAGAGGCGCCCAAUAAAAACGGAUGUCCUAAUUAGCUUUCAUUCAUUUGCGUAGCUGGACAGGGCUCUAGAUCAUCUUGACAUGCCAUUAGCAGCGUUCAGAAUGAGACCACACCAUCCAUUUAGAUGACAUAUGAACAUAUUUGUUCAGUUGUCCAGCUAUGUUCCACUGGAUAUCAUAAGGUGAAUGCACCAAUUUGUAAGUCGCUCUGGAUAAGAGCGUCUGCUAAAUGACUUAAAUGUAAAUGUAAACAGGGCAGACAAGACACUGUUGCUCUGUAGCAGUUGUUUGUUCUGCCCCUCUUCCCACUGUAGUCCUUAAUCUUCAUU